UAACAGGCAGGCUAGCUAGGCCAGCUACAUGGACAACGGCAGUUUAUAUCAAUUCACGAAGCACAAUGUUUGUUUUUCCAUAGCGUGCUACCUGACUGGAUGAUGAGACUUAUAUUGUUAAGGGGCCUCAGGAAACGCGCCAGCAGCUUCUUUGAAUAGGACCUUUUUGGAGAAUCAACUCUACAGCUAGCUGGCUGUCGACGUCUCUCUAUGUUUGAGUGUGUUCCGGCAGCAGCAGAGGCAGCAGCGGUGCCAUGAAUAGUGGACUCCCAGCUUCGGCUGCUCCGCUCGGGGGUGUCGGAAUUUCGAACGUCAAGGUGAAAUUCUGCCGAUAUUACGCUAAGGACAAGACUUGUUUUUACGGAGACGAAUGCCAGUUCCUGCACGAGGAUCCGUCCAUGGCGAACAUGUCUCUGCACGGCGGCGGAGGCAGUCCCGUCCCUCUGUCCAUGGCCGGAGGAGCCGUGACGGCGGCGGGGUAUCCGCUCGGUGGGAACACGGCGGUUUGCUCAGGUGCCGGGGGUGCUAAUGUUCCCAAAAAGACCGAGUCCCACGGGCCCGCGGGAACGAAUUUGGAAGGACAGUUGCUAACCAUCCCGGGUAUGGAAAGCGGAGCUCUGAGCGAUGCCAAUCUGACCAACUCCUAUUUCAGCAGCAGCUUCAUUGGUGUUAAUGGGUUUGGGAGCCCAGCAGAAUCCAAAUAUUCCAUGAUGCAGCGGAUGACCAGCAGCAGCAGCUCCCCCAGUCUGCUCAACGACGGUGCCAAGAACUAUACCCACAGCACCCACGAUCCCAUUAACUCUCCGACCUCUUCGCUCUUCAGCGACUUUGGUGCUCUGAGCAUAUCACAGCGGAGGAAGGCCCCUAACCCAGCAGCUAGUGAGUUUAUCCCUAAAGGUGCUCCACGCAUGGCCACCAUGUCUCAGACGGCCGUGCAGGCGUUUCCCUCCCCGCUCUUCCCUCACCCCAGCCUGGGUGGCUCCUCUGCGGCAGCCCUGGCACCCGGGAUGUCUCUGUCUGCUGGUUCCUCUCCCCUCCACUCGCCAAAAAUCACCCCUCACACUUCACCCGCCCCUCGCCGACGAAGCCACACCCCCAACCCGAAUCCGGCCAAUUACAUGGUGCCUACCACUGCGUCCGACCAAGGGGGCGGAGCCCAUGUCAUCCAGAAGGAGACUGUUGGCGGAACCACCUAUUUCUACACUGACAACACCCCCGCACCCAUGGCAGGGAUGGUGUUUCCUAAUUAUCAUAUCUACCCUCAAACUGCCCCUCAUGUGGCGUAUAUGCAACCCAAAGCCAACGCGCCAUCCUUCUUCAUGGCCGACGAACUCCGACAGGAAUUAAUCAACAGGCAUUUGAUAACGAUGGCGCAGAUAGAUCAGACGGAGAACCCAGGGGUACCGUCUGAGGUGGACAGUUACCACAGUCUCUUCCCCUUGGAACCCCUUCCCCCACCCAACCGCCUGCAGAAAACCAACAACUUCACCUACAUCACUUCCUGUUACAAAGCCGUAAACAGCAAAGAUGACCUGACCUACUGCCUCAGAAGGAUACAUGGUUUCAGAUUGGUCAAUACCAAGUGUAUGAUGUUGGUGGACAUGUGGAAGAAGAUCCAGCAUUCCAACACUGUGACCCUUCGAGAAGUUUUCACCACCAAGGCUUUUGGGGAUCACUCAUUGGUAUUUUCCUAUGACUUCCACGCUGGGGCUGAAACCAUGUUCAGCAGGCAUUUUAACGACCCAACGGCUGACUCGUACUUCACCAAGAGGAAGUGGGGGCAGCACGAGCCUCCGCCACCGCGACAACAUGCGGGCCUGCUUCCUGAGUCUCUGAUCUGGGCCUACAUCGUUCAGCUAAGCUCCGCCCUGCGCACCAUCCACACGGCCGGUCUGGCCUGCCGCGUUAUGGACCCCAGCAAGAUCCUAAUCACAGGAAAGACACGAUUAAGAGUGAAUUGUGUCGGAGUGUUUGAUGUCUUAACAUUUGACAACAGUCAGACCAACCACCUGGCAUUAAUGCCGCAGUACCAGCAAGCAGAUCUCAUCUCUCUGGGGAAAGUGGUGUUGGCUUUGGCCUGUAACUCUCUGGCGGGCAUUCAGAGAGAGAACCUACAGAAGGCCAUGGAGCUGGUGUCAAUCAACUACUCAUCUGACCUCAAGAACCUCAUCUUGUAUCUGUUAACGGAGCAGACCCGUUUACGAAGCGUCAAUGACAUCAUGCCAAUGAUUGGUGCACGAUUCUACACGCAGCUAGACGCUUCACAAAUGAGGAGUGAUGUCAUUGAGGAGGACUUGGCUAAGGAAGUCCAGAACGGACGGUUGUUCCGCCUCCUGGCCAAACUGGGAACCAUUAACGAAAGACCAGAGUUUCAGAAAGACCCGACGUGGUCAGAGACAGGCGACCGUUACCUGCUGAAGCUUUUCAGGGAUCACCUGUUCCACCAGGUGACCGAGGCUGGCACGCCCUGGAUCGACCUCAGUCAUAUUGUCUCCUGCCUCAACAAGCUGGAUGCUGGAGUGCCAGAGAAGAUAAGCCUGGUGUCUCGGGAUGAGAAGAGUGUGCUGGUGGUUACUUACUCAGACCUGAAACGCUGCUUCGAGAGCACCUUCCAGGAGCUGUUGACCGCCGCCAGCACGCCACUGUAGUGCUCCCCACAGGACCGGGGUGGUACUGCCUGAACCAGGAGCAUGUUGCACUACGGCGUGGAGUGCUGAUCUCUCUCUC